AUGGGCUACACCGAAUCAAGAGCUGGGGGCGUGGCGUCAUCUAGCUCGGAGGCCGCGGCCAACAGCCUGACACGACACCGUAGGGCGCGCAUUCCUUGUCUUGCUACAUACCAGCUUGACACGGGCGCAUUUUAUGAGUGCGCAAGCAGCUCGUCCAAGUACCAUCUACACGGAAAGCCGACUCUUCAUACUCUUGCCUCUGCCAAACUCGGCACCAUGUUUGAAACCUUUGAGUCCUUUACUGUCAAGACAGAGACAGAUCCCACCAUUGAGAUAUUCGGCCGCAUCAGCAAGAAUGCCGACUCGCAACUGCCGCCGGUACUCAUGCUCCACGGCUUCCCACAGAGCCAUCACAUUUGGCACAGGGUCACCGAGCAGCUGGUCCAGCGCUACUCCAUUGUGCUCAUCGACAUUCGCGGUUACGGCGCCUCGUCCAAGCCCAGCGAGCUGCACCACUAUGCGAAGAGUGCCAUGGCAAAAGACUGCAUAAGCGUGAUGGACUCACUCGGGUUCACCGAUCACUUCUUUGUCUGUGGACACGACCGUGGCGCACGAGUUGCGCACAAGCUCUGCGUCGACUUCCCGUCGCGGGUGCAAAGUGCCAUGCUGCUGGACAUCUGCCCAACACUAGCAAUGUACACUGCGACGGACCAGAGAUUUGCCUCUGCCUACUUUCAUUGGUUUUUUCUGACACAGCCCGAACCACUUCCAGAGACCAUGAUCAACGGAUGUCCCCGCCACUUUGGCGAGUUCUGUCUGGGAGUCGCAGACGACGGAAAGAAUCGAGGGAUAUAUGAUCAGUCCUGUCUUGACUACUAUCUAAGCACGAUGGAGCAUCCAGAGACGGUCCACGCGAUGUGUCAGGACUAUCGAGCCAGCGCAACGCUCGACUUGGACGAGGCACGAGAUGACUUGAACAAGGAAAGAUUGAUUUGUUGUCCGUUGAGGGUUCUCUGGGGCGAUCAAGGCGUUAUUGAAAAGUGUUUCGAUGCUCUGCAAGAAUGGCGAGCUGUGACGGCCAAAAGCGUGGUCGUCGACGGUCACAGUGUUAAAUCGGGCCACUUUAUUCCCGAGGCCGCGCCGGAUGAUGUGGUGUCAAAUAUACUAGAUUUCUUCAAGUAG